UGAUAGAGGACACAACAACACCAAGUGAUAAAGACAGAAGAGGGCGGGUAUUCAACACAGAGCAGGACGAAGACAAUAAGGAUUUAACACCAUCUGAUUAGGACGUCAGCUGGUAGUCUCCUUGUUCUAACUGUCUUACUGUUUAUCUGUUGGAUGAUGGAUUAUGCAAUGAAGUCCCUCGGCCUCCUGGCCCCGUCCUCACUCUCCAAGUGUGUGACAGCAGCUAGUUCUUCCAUGACCCAGCAGCUUCUUUCAGCUCGACCUCCUCGGCAGAAGCCUUUCAGGGUCACAAACGCCGACCGCAGUGUAAAGAAGGGCAUCAUGGCUCAUACGGUAGAAGACCUGAUGAACAAGGUCAGCAACUCAUUGAAUGUACCAUGUGUCAGUGCUUUGGUGCUGGAUGAAGAUGGCACGGGAGUCGACACUGAGGAUUUUUUCCAGACGCUGCCUGAAAAUGCUGUUCUUAUGGUCCUGGAGAAGGGACAGAAGUGGACCCCACAUUUGAACAGUUCCACCACAGAUCAGCUCAGCCAGUGCAGACCAAAGCACAGGACCGACGUGGCCAGGGUGACGUUUGACCUCUACAAGAACAACCCCAAAGACUUCAUCGGCUGCCUGAAUGUGAAAGCGACCCUGUAUGGCGCUUAUUCUGUGUCCUAUGACCUCCGUUGUUAUGCUGCCAAAAAGAUGCUGAAGGAGGCUUUGCGAUGGGCCAUCUUCUCGAUGCAGGCCACAGGCCACAUCCUGCUGGGCUCCUCCUGCUACAUCGAACAGCUCCUGGAGGAAGAGGAGCGAGCAGAGAACGGCCUGACACUGCCACAGGAGAGCAGGAUCAAACAACUGCAGGGCAUGCUGCUGGGAAAGGUCUUCAUCCGAUGAUGCACAAAGAGUUUACACGACUCAUGACAUUCACAUGGCAGCUGUCACAGAUGAAUGAUCGUUCAUAUCGACUGCUGUGCAGCUGGAGGACAUUUCAGGCCGUGUAACAUCCCUUCUUGUGUUCCUUCUUGCUCUGUUACAUUUUCUGUGAAUGUCUGUAGGAGUCAACAGUACAAAUGAUUCCACUGUAGCACUUUUACUACUUCUGUUCUCGAUGGGCAAGUGUGCAACUUUUUCCUAUAAUGAUGAAUAAAUAAACCUAAAGCUUUUCAUGUUCUCUAAAACUUAAAUUAACUAUAUGUUGGCACAAGUGGACUUAGAUGUGCAGUUAGAGCUCAUUCAGCUGACUGUGUGUAUAUUUAUAUAUAUAUAUGUGUGUGUGUGUGUGUAUAUGUGGGGUUCCUGGUCGUAGAAUAAUUGGCAACAGGUCCAGAUGUCUCUCCCACGCUUCCCUAAUUGUCCCCUGGCCCGCACUGAUCUGUCAGCUGCAGCCUGCCUCUGCCGCAGAAAACCACAGAAAGGAACCACUGAACAGGGAACAGUGAGCAGCUGCAGGGAGGCGAGGGAAGGAAGCAGACCAUUAUACUGAGAGAGAUGACGACUUAAACUGGCUGCACAACUACCACUUUUGCCAUCUUGUCUAAAAAGGUGGCAGCAAAAAGCUGACAGCAUAGUUUAAAUUGGCUGUCAGGAGAAAAGUGAGCUAUAGAGUCUCAGUACAAGUGGAGGUCUGCUUUUACUUUCAUGUCAUCCACAGGUUUCUGUCUUUUUGUCUCAAUUUUUGUUGGGAGCAGAAAAACACAUGAACAGGACAUUUAUUUACUCCAUAUUUUAAUGAAAUAAACACCUGGCACAAUACAUUAGAUGGUUUAUUUACUCACUUGUAAAUAGAAAUGAAAUGGAACGAGGCAAUAAAGUUUUUUGUUUUGACAUCCCA